AUGACGACCCCUGCUGCCUCUCCUACCGAACAGUAUGGAGCAGCCGAAGUUGGCGUCGUCGUUCGAGACACCAGGAAGUCCAAGCCAACUCCACAAGUUGUUCGCUCCGCCCCCGUCUUCCUGCUUUACAAAUAUUACCUUCGACCAUGGACUGACGCCGAUGAUCCCAAGCUGAAGACUUUGGAACAAUUCUGCCGCCGCUUCAAGUGGAUCCCUUCACUUGAGUUGAUCAAUUCUAUCAUCCAUAAGGCCAACAUCAUCGACGAAGAGGUCCGCCUGAACUUUCCCAUCUACGCUUUCAUGGAGUUUCACAAUUUCAAAGUAUGCAUCUCAGACACGACCGGGGAGCCCCGCUUGUUUGUUGGCCAUCUGGUUCGUGAGCACGGGGCUACAGAAGAAGUUUGGGCUGGGUGGUCAGGAGCGAAGAAAGGUUCACGGGAACGUAUCACAGCCGCCAAUACGAGACUCUACCAUGUACCCCGAGUUCAAAAGGAAACUUGUGAGAUAGAGUUCAACCCGGAGGUGCGCAAGCAUAUCAGAUGGGACUACGCCUUGGACGAUCUCUUCGGACUCGGUCAGCUCCACCACAUCAGAAAUCUACAAUGUAUAGUACAGAUCCAGAAUGCAAUCUUGCUCAGCGUCGCGAAAGUGUUACUUCGCUUCCCUGGUCUUAUGCAAUUGGCUGACUGCAGAAGACGCAGACGAGGAUUUGGCUUCACCGAAUGUUCAAGACGCCCCUUCACUCGAUUUGACCGAGCUGGCAGGCGAUCUCUCCCUCUCCGACAUCCUUUCCAGGCAACUCUCGACAUACUCAACUUCGGACCAAGUCCUGCAGACGGAGUGCACGACUGUCAUCCCCCUGACCCUACCAAGACUUGGAGGCAGAGAUAUUUGGAACACUAUCCUGAAGACAGCGAGUUCGACUUGGAAUCGAUACCUGAUUCUGAUAAUACAUGA